AUGAACACUCUGCGAGUGCUCUGCGGUAUGGGCACUUGGGAAGAGCAAUAUAUCAGCCAGAGACACGAGCCUGGUCAUUUUCCCGGAGCCUGUCCCAAUGAGAAGGAUGCCGAUGUGCUAAUCUGUUGGACUACGGUUGUUUCUCCCUUAACUGCACCACAAUCGUCACUAAUCGAGAACAAAAACUUAUUGCCACGAGUGCACCCUGAAUUAGCCGCCGGUUGGUCUCUUGUUAACAACGAGACGCUUUCUCAUGUUAUUACGACUACGAGUGAGAUCUGCGACCCUCUGACUUCAUCUCUUUUUGAUUUGGGGAAUGCAGUCGACAUUGAGAAUGAUGACUCAGGCAACCGGGUGGUUCCCAUCGCUGUCAGUGCCUCUGGCGAAUGCGGCAAUACGAUCUCCUUCCGCAAGUUGGAAGAAGGCACUACCGAAUUGAGGCAUGGAGUGACGGCUCGGAUGCGGGUACCCAUGAUCGGAGAGUCAGAAUGUACGGAAUGGUCUACGGGAGGUGCGCCUGUUCGUCAAGUAUGUUUUGCGCGGACGACCGAAGAGAAACCGACAUGGGCUGCCGCUCGUUUCCCUCAAUCGAUAACCAUAUUCAGACCACUUUAUCGUAAACAGCCCGUCUCUGUACAAAUUUACCGUGACGGCGAUCGUGUGGUACCGACCUAUACCCGCAACUCCCGCCUUGACGCAAACCCGUUGGUGGAAAUAUCGGUCUCACAGACGGGUGGAUUCGCCCAUGCUGAUAUAACCUUCAACCCUUGGUAUCAGAAGCAAUUAGCUAUUGUCGAUGAAAGAGGGAACUGGACCGUUUGGGAAGUAUCUGGCCGGCAAAGACGAAGCAAAGGCAACUGGGCUGCUGCGUGCGUGAAGUCAGGCUCCUUGCCAUGGGUAGAUCUUGGCGAGGGUCAGGAUAUCAAUGGCCAUACUCGACAUGAUGGCUGGGCAGCAAUCGAAUGGGUAGGAGACGUCAACAGCUUUAUUGUCUCUGAUCGACGCUGCCCGAUGCUUUACCGAAUUGAGGGAGAUGACAUUCUUCCUUACGCGAUAGAGCUUGGACUGAAGCGAAAGCUAGAGUGGAUACUCGAUGUCAAGAGGAGCUCUUGCAAUGUGUCGCAAAUUUUCAUUUUGACGACCUCACGUAUAUUCUUGCUCGAUAUCUCUUCUGUUCCUGUCGCGGACUCUCAUAAAAAUGACACAAGACCAGUAUGGUUUCCUGUCCUGUCUUGGCGUCAUUUUAGAGAUACAGAGGAUACAACAUUGCGCUUAUCUCCUCUCAUUCUGGCAGAAGACUUUUAUCUUGUCCUUUACUCCCGACUCAACCAUCUUACCUUGGCUUUUCAGGUCCCACCCGCAACUGAUGGAAUCAUGGAUAUGACAUCCAUAUCUGAUCCAUUUGUCCUCGAGGUUCCUUCCACGUCCAACGCUACUGCCGAAUCUCAGGACUCCCCGAAUCUGGCACAGUUUUCAACAUUGGUCUUCCGAGAAAUCGCCGCUUUACCAUCAGCCGGUAGCAAAAAUCAUUUCGAUGCCACUGCUAGGUUUGUAAAGGUGUUCAUAAUGGACUCUCGUCUUGCUGUGCGAGAGUCUGUAUACUUUGGAAAUACACGGGAGAGUGAAUCCGCCACAGAGGACCAACAGCUGAACAAAGAUACUUUACGGCUCAGGAAGCGGUAUCCAGGGGUCCGGCGAAAACAGUCCACUCGUUCGCAUGAUGACUUCAUUGUCGACGAUUGGGAUGAGUCGGUACUUAGUAGAGGCACAUUUACGGUGGCAGAUUCUGGAAUUUCCAACAUAACGCCGCUGGCAAUUCCACAAUGGGCCGCAGAUUACAGCUCAAUCUACGCGAUUGCUGCGGGGAAGAGUCCUGCAGUCUCAAGCGAAAUCGAUCAAGAUCAAGGUUUCCAGGAGUCACUCAACGGAUUGGUGAACAGCGCAUCUACUAUGAGCGGGGACAACGUCGUCUUUUGUCAAACCAUGCUUGAUCUCCUUGACCGCCGUCCUGUUCUAGAUGAUAUCGACCAAAAUGCACACGAUUUCGACAAGUUCUUUUCCCAGAUCAUGUCCCAUAACCUCAUGACUGGCACUAAGUAUGAAGUCAUCUUUCAGCCGGCAUUAAAUCUGUCUUCUCAUUUAUUCCAUCCAAAGCUGAUUAACAUUUACGAUCUGUUGAUCAAUGAUUGGCUCUCGAAUCUUCCUCACGACAUACCUGGGCGCUCGCGGCUUACAAAGGAGAGGAUCAUCCGAAACCUUACAGCAGAACUGAUUCUAACGCACAUCAUCAUCAAGCGAAAAAUCAACAAUGAGGCCGAACCCUCACGCUUGAUCGCGAAUGCAAGCCGUGAGGACUUGGAAUCGUCGUUUCUGCCGGCCAAUCCUGGUUCAACAUCCGCAUUUGGGAUGGAUGAGCGACGUUUACCCUUGUCAACUGUGUCUCCAGAGGAUCGUGAAUUACAACAAGCAGACAGGCAUAUGAUCACACAAAACGACGACCUGGCACAGACAUCCAAUGUGGCUGGUGGCAUUAUUGAAGUCGAGCCUGUCUACACUAGGCUCGCGUCCGUGACAUCUGUCAAUACAGAGGGGUCACUGUCUAGAAGUGCGGCGAACGUGCUUUCACAUUGGAAAGUAGGUAGUGAUCCUGCGGCAUAUAAUUGGCAAAGGACAACACAGAUCUUGGAGGAAGAGGAGACGCAAAAUAGACCCAAAGCAAUGACCCCCAAACGACGUCUGAGGAAGAAGGUUUUGCAGAGUACCCCUUUGAGCUCAUCACAGCUGCCCCCUGAGUCAUCCGCCGCUCCUUCGGUUCGGGAAUGGGGUAGCCAGCCUGAAGUCAAUGAACCAUCUAGGAUCAUUCAGCUGCAGAGCAGUCAGGCCAUCGAGGAAGAUCUACCGAUGACACAGGUGGAGAGAGGCAUGUUCGGAGGCCGAGAAGCUAGUCGCAAGACUUUCAUCAAGGCGAGGAAGAAGAAGAGAGCCGCCGGGUUCUGA